GGGUAUUUGUGUAAAUUUCAAGGAAAAAAAAAAGGCAUUUUUGGUGUAUAAAAGGAGGGCACUCGGCGUCACCGAGACCACCAAACCAAGCAGAAACAGAGAAGAGUGAGAACCAAAGGAAGCUCAAAAAUGCCGGAACUAAGCCGCGAAAUCCGGCCGGCGGAAGAACUCGACGGGCAAGCCCUAAUCUGGAACAAAAUCCUCUCCAUCACCGACUCCCUCGUCCUCAAAUGCGCCGUAAAACUCCGUAUCUUCGACGCCAUCCACCUCCAUGGCCGCCCCAUCUCCCUCCCCACCCUCUGCUCCUCCCUCCCAACCCCUUCCCUCCGCCCCUCCACUCUCCUCCGCCUCCUCCGCUACCUCUCCCAUAUCCGCCUCAUCAACAUCACCGACGACCGCCCGCCUUCCUUCUCCCUACCCCCUUCAUCCUCCGCCUUCCUCCUCUCCACCUCGAAGCAGAGCCUCGCCUCCUUCAUCACCAUAUUCCUCGACGAAGAUUUCCUCGGCGCGUUUCAUGCUCUCGAUGUCUGUCUCCGCGAGGGUGCCGGCGAAGCGUCGGCGUUCGAGAUGGUGAGUGGGGAGACGGUGUUUGAGCGGGCGGCGAGGGAUCCGUUGCUGAGCAAGAAGUUUAACGAAGGGAUGGCGGGGAGCGGGAGGAUCACGGCGGCGGCGAUGGUGGAGGGAGCGGGGAGGGUUUUUGAAGGUGUGAGGAUGUUGAUAGAUGUUGGCGGGGGGAUGGGGGCGGCGGCGAGGGUGGUGAGCGGUGCGUUUCCGGGGAUUAGGGUUUUGGUUUACGAUCUUCCUCAUGUGGUGGAUGGAUUGGUGGGGAGUGAUGGGGUGGAAUUUGUUGCAGCCGACAUGUUUGUGGAAGUGCCGCAAGGGGAUGCUGUUCUUCUAAUGAGGAUAUUGCACGACUGGAGCGAUGGGAAAGCAAUGGAUAUUCUGGAGAAAUGCAGGGAAGCCAUUGAUGCGGAGAAAGGUAAGCUGAUAAUAGCAGACAUAGUGCUGGCUGAAGAAGACGACGACGAGGACGAUGAGCUCCAUCACGCGAGAAUGGCUUCCGAUAUCAUGAUGAUGGCUUAUGGCGGCAAGGAGAGGACUAAGAGUGAAUGGAGCAGUCUGCUUCUCGGAGCUGGAUUUACUCGCUGCCGCUUUACGCCCAUCAAUGCUCUGCAGCACGUCAUAGAAGCUCGAAUUUAGUGAUUGUUUUGGAGUUAAAUUACAAUUAAGUACCUUUUAAUCUCAUAAUUUAUAUAAGUGUUAAAAUAGUAGCCAUAUUUUUUAAAUUGGAGCUGAA